AUGAAGAUUACAUUGAUCACGUUGAUCUUUUCGGCGGUGGCUGUCUCCAUCGCUGAAGCCGUUCCGGCACAUCCUAGGCGGACGGAUAUGAAACCGAGAUACUACUUUCCGCGCGCAGUAAAAAGACAAGUAACGGGCGAUAACAGCACUACAACCGACGCCUCCAGCAGUACAGACUCUGGUUUGGGUAGUAUCAUUUCAACGAUCGGAGAUGUUCUGUCUGAUGUGGCCUCGGUGAUUACCGAGGACACCACUUCCACGACAGACUCAACAGCAACGAUUACCACUGACCCCGCUGCAUCUACAACUUCUACCGAAACUGGGAUUACACUAGGACGGGACUCGGUCAUAAGCGAGACGGCGUCCAAUACUGAUAGCACGACAAGCACUCAAGACCCGAACGCAAUUCUCUCAUCCGCCACUGAUGCUGCUUCAUCGAUCCUAGAUAUUGCAAGCUCGAUUCAAAACGCGGCAUCAACUGCUGCUUCUUCAGAUUUAUCUUCGAUUUCAUCGGCACUCUCUUCCGCUCAGGCUGCGGCUUCCUCAAUCGCAGCAGAUGUGAGUUCCGCCGAUGACGCCCUUACGUCUUCGGAAACAGCGUCCCUUCCUACAGGUUCAGAUAUCUUGGAUCUGCCAACCGUGUCUCCCACCGUGAGUGUGAACCCAACAAUCACCCCUCCACCGGACAGCACCGAGAGCAACACUGCAAGCAACACUGCCUCGAGAACCGAGUCCCAACCGGACCAAGAUACUGCAUCUAAUUCUGACGACAAUACUCAAUCUCCAACCACUCCUAUUACCACUCCGCCCACCGAUCCGCCAACGCAGUCGCCGACUACCCCUCCUACCACUCCUACCGAUCCGCCGACCCAGUCACCAACUACUCCUGUUACCACUCCACCUACCGAUCCGCCGACCCAGUCACCAACUACUCCUGUUACCACUCCACCUACCGAUCCGCCGACCCAGUCACCAACUACUCCUGUUACCACUCCACCUACUGAUCCGCCGACCCAGCCACCGACCACUACACCAACAUUCAGCCCAACCGACAAUCUCAAUAACCCCAAUCAAACCGUUUCAGAUCCAGGCCCAGUGACAACUCCACCAACCAUAUCUCCUACCCUACCCACGGAGACUCCAUCUCCACCGCCUGUGGUGGCCAACGUGACCAGCACCGAACCCUUUACCACCCGGCCUACCAGCUCAGCCCCUCCCACCAACACUGUGAAGCCUACUGGAACAGAUUCAAUGACUACACUGAUACCAGAUUCCAGCAUUAUCACUGCACCUUCAAGUGCGCCAACCUCUGGAUCAUCCUCAACCAGUGCAGCUGUGAUUCCCACUACGCUCCCCAGUGUCAUUCAGCCAGAAGGAGGCAUUCCUCCUGCACCCGAGAACUCUACUUUGAUCCAGAUCGGAUUCACUUAUGGUCUCAACUACAAAUUCGUAGUGUCUUCUACAACGGCAGUCUCCCAGAUAUUCUCCUUUAUCCCCCCUGGUGUUGGAAAUGGCCUGGACCUGGCUCUCGACGAAGUCGUUAUGCAGUAUCUUCAACCGUACAAUACGCUGGACAGUGUCGGCUACAUUACUACUUUGGCAAUGGCAUACAUUCCCGAAAGCAAGGUAGAUUUACUGUCCGUUCUUAUCUUGAAUCCGAACUCGGGUCUCUUCCACAACGACAAUCCUUCAGUGACAACGUUGAUGAGCAUGAUUGAUCCGACCAUUCCGAUCUUGGCUGGAUCUACCAUGGGUAAUGGUGGAACUCCUAUCAAUUCUGCAAACAAUCCCGCCACGACCUCUGAUAGUGGCAAUUCUGACGACGCAACGCCAGGCUCCAGCGAUUCAGGGUCUGGAGUUCGACCAUCUUCGGUCGGAAUCGCUGUGGGCGCAGUUGCCGGUGCAACAGUUUACGGAGCAGCAAUGUUCCUUGUGGCUAGACGGUAUAAGAAGAAAAAGGCAGGUCAUCAAAGAUCAAGCAGCAUGCAAUCUGGCCCUAGUAGCCGCCCAGGAGAACAAUCCAAUCUGAUGGCAGCUGGUGCUCGCGGCAGUUACGGCACAAGAUUUGGUGGUCGAACGUCCCGCAACAGUGACCAUAGUAACUCGAACCGAAGCGGACGUACAUAUAUCAGUCCACCCGUGAUGGCUGAGAACAGCCUGGGAUGGAACUGA